AUGGUUGUGUGGACAGAUAAAGAGCGCGCAGCCAUCUCCGACAUCUUCUCCAAGCUAGACUAUGACGACGUUGGCCAAAAGUGCCUGUCAAGGUAAGACAAUAAGCUUAGCUUUACUUUAAUUUGGAGUGUUAGUCCCCUUAAUCUCCUAUCUUCUUCGUCAUGUUAUCUUGUUGUUCAGCCUCACACUGUUUUCUCCGUUCCCCUCAGGUGUCUGAUCGUUUACCCCUGGACCCAGAGGUACUUCGGGGCCUUCGGCAACCUGUACAACGCAGAGGCCAUCAUGAACAACCCUAUGAUCGCUAAGCACGGCACCACGGUGAUGCAAAGUCUGGAACGAGCUCUGAAGAACAUGGAUGACAUCAGGAACACCUACGCCGAACUGAGCGUUCUGCACUCCGAGAAACUUCGCGUAGAUCCCGGCAACUUCAGGGUAAGAUACAAAUGAACAUUGAAGUGCACUUCUUUAAUGCGUGCAAAGUAUAACAUAUUAUGUAAUUACACCACUCGAUCAAGCUACCCCCAAAGGCAUUCUAAACGUCUCACUUCUGUUUUGGUUUGUUCACUUUUACAGCUGCUGUCUGACUGUCUGACCAUCGUCAUCGCCGCAAAGAUGGGCACCGCCUUCACCCCCGAGUAUCAGGCAUCCUUCCAGAAGUUCUUGUCUGUGGUGGUUUCUGCUCUGGGCAGGCAAUACCACUAGAGUCAGUCCUCCAUACCUGACAGAGGAGACGUGUUUCACUCCUCAAUGAAAAAAUAAAAGAAGUAUAGAAGCAUCUGUUUGUUGAUUAUGUUUGUUUAUUUUAUGUGUGCGUAAUUGUAUCCAUUUAUAUAUAGGCCUAGACGAAUUGCACUUUAAGCAUGGCUAAUAUAAUAAGACAACUUUAAAGGUUUCAAUGGUUAUUUCAUAUAUAGAUGUUAGAUUUACACAUUAUAAAUAAUACAUUAGCCAACAUGAACAAGUUGGUGAAUGGAUGCACAUUGUCUAAAAGCCUACAGAGUUGACCCGGCUGAAUUGUAUACUGUUGCUGGCUGUAAAACACGUGACACACAUUCAUAUGACUAUUAACACAUAAAAGGUACAAAAACAAAACUAUGAAGUGACAACUGUAUUUAUUGACUAAUAAGAAAAAGUGGGUCAUAAAACAAACAUCAAAGCAUCAUGGAUGGAAUGCGCAAUUUCAUUUAAAAAAAAAAAUAUAUAUAUAAUUAUUGUCGUUUGAGUCUUUAACAGUUAAUAUGCAUUUGUCAAAAGUAUUGACCUUAUAUUGACACGAGUUUACUGUAGCUGUUGUCCUAUUGAUAUCCAAAUGUAAAACAUAAUUCCAGAAAUGUUGAAUCCACUGUUCAGAUUGUUUUCCGUUUUGUUUGAUGCAAUUGACCUCCACUUGUACAUUUAGCAAAAGCUAGUUUGUUUGGUGCAGGAAACUGCACCAUAUUCAUAAUUUGUUGUUGUUGACAUAGUGGUCCCAUUUUUUGUAUUAUAAGGGGAUGAGAUUCAAGUUUCCAACACCAGAACCCUACAUGAGCUAUAUCAUUACAGUAGCCUAUAUGACAUGAACCACAGCAACCUAGUCCAUGCAUGCCCCUGCAGCAGCUGGCCUCUCCAGCUACGAUCCUACAUGGGGUUUCAGAAUAUAAAAAUGGCAACACCUAGUGUUAUCUUUAACCAUAUAAAGUAGGCCCACACAUUAUCUGAGAAAAUCUAUGAGUAAAAGGCACAUCUAUGCCUUUACAUUUAUUUAAUGAAAGCGUCCUAAUAGCAUGUAUAACCAUAGGUCUCUCCAGUGUGUCUAUACUCUUCCCUAUUAGAUGAUUCCUCAUCAUCCCCCAGGAUGCUGUAGGAGAAGCCAUAUAUUUGCUGCCACAUACAUAACACCUUCAUGAAGAAAGUGACAUACCAUUUCCUCGGUAUCGCGAUAUCAGGUUCUUCAUUCUAGAAAUCAUUGUAUUCGUUGAGAACCUAUCGAAUGUUGGUUGUCAUUCUGUCUUUCCCCCAUCUGCUAAUAUCAAGUCACAACAAGUCAUUGUGCACUAUUUUUAUAAGUAGAAAUUGGUGCAAAGUAGGAUUUAUUUGAAUAAGAACAGCCCAGUUGUCAUAUUUAACUCAUUGUCAAAUAGCAAGCAAUAAGUUUUCAUCAUCAUUGUGUAAAAUAUAUAAUUGCAUUAUAUAUCCAUAACAGAUCAUACCUGUUUCAUAGUAAGAUAUUAGUCCCUCUUUUCAAUAUAAGGACGUUUUUAGAGAAUUGUUUCUAGGCUAUAUUUAUCUCUAAUAGAUAUGGCGGCCAUGCCUAGCAAUGGUUGCUCUUAGAAGUCUAUGCAAACGCAUAUAGAUUUGCUGUGCUACCAUAUAUAGCCGAAAGAGAUAACACAAGACAACACCCUAAAAUUCACAGAACUGAUGCUCUAUCUCACUGAUCAUUUUACUCAAUUAUCUCCUCAUAGCCAAUAGAAAACAAGUAGAGGUGGGGUUUGGUGACAUGUCUUGAACCAUAAAAGAGGUGUCAGGGUCCGUCUAAAUUCAGACCCUUCUAAAGCUUAAUUUACCCUCUGAAUAGCUUGUGUGGUACAACAGAGCCUUUAGUCAAAAUGAGCCUGUCAGCUAAGGAAAAAGUAAUCGUCAAGGACUUCUUUGAGAAGGUCUCCACCAGGUCUGACGAGAUCGGCGCCGAGGCUCUCGCCAGGUAAAGAUGCAAGAGACUUUAUCAUCAGUUAGGCUGUACUGCAUAAUUGAGGAUGAAAUGCAUCACUUAUUAAAUACAAAAUGUUAUUGAUACUGAGUAAUUUAUAUGCUCGACAGAGCAAUUACCACUAACCAAUCAUUUCUCUCGUUCCUCCAUUCAGGCUGAUCGUGGUGUACCCCCAGACCAAGUCCUACUUCGCCCACUGGAAGGACCUGAGCCCCAAAGGCGCUCCGGUUAGGAAGCACGGCAUCACCGUCAUGGGUGGCGUGUACGAGGCCGUGAGCAAGAUCGAUGACCUAGCUGGUGGUCUCCUGACCCUGAGCGAGCUGCACGCCUUCAUGCUUAGAGUUGACCCCGUCAACUUCAAAGUAAUUAUCACCACAACUAUAGCCAAUGUUCCCAUAAUGCGCUAUAGGCGUAUGGGCAAUGUAGUAGUAGCCUAUGCCUAUUCUAAGCGUUUGCAGAAGGCGCCAUUGCACUUUUUUCAGGAUAAUCAAAGUACUGACUCUUAGCUCUGUUUGUCCCUCGUCAGAUCCUGUCCCACUGCAUCCUGGUGGUCUUGUCCAUGCUGUUCGCCGAGGAGUUCACCCCUCAGAUUCAUGUUGCCGUGGACAAGUUCUUGGCCCUCCUGGCCCUGGCUCUGUCCGAGAAGUACCGCUAAAGGACCAAUCAGCACCAACACGCCAGCACUCACACAUGCUGUGGUCCUCAGUGUGGAAAUAAAUUGUCUUCUUCAUUGAGAAAUAAAAAGUUACAUCAAAAUGUAAUAAUUCUCUCCUUAAUAUAUUUACUUUUCAAUAAUGUUGUAAUAACGUUGGUAAAAAAAAAAAAAACAUAAGAUGGAAAACCCCAAUAACCGCACAUAAUGUAACAACAAUGACUUGACACAUUAUUAUUCAAAGCAACUUCAACCAAUGAAUAUGUUACACUUUCUCUCCCAGCACUCAACUGAAAUAAAAAAAGGGUUGUUGUAUAGCUUCUGCUUCUCUGCUGCACUUAAGUUGGCCACACCUGACAAAAGUAACACAAAAGGAUUUGGUUAAGAUACUGUAACAAUACUUCAUGCUUAUUUUUGUUGAUAGCAUAUUUAUAGGAACUUUGAUAAUAACUUACAUAGACAAAAAAGGAAAGUGCUGUUAAUGAUAGUCACUGGUGUUACUAGCUAGAGCAGUAAUACAAGUGUGGAGCAGUAACACCAGCUUAAAAUCUGAACAGAAAAAGGCCACAGUCACUCAAACCAGAGUUCAUCAACCAUACAAACUUCUUUGAAUUGUGUGAUUUCAUUAAUUGUUUUGUUCAUAAUUAUAUUUUCCUUUGCGUAAGAAUGACGAACACCAAUGACAUUGGACUUAGACACAUGAAAUUACCCAAAAUAUAUUUAAAUUAGUAAUAUAUUAAAAGAGUGUGCAGACUCAUCAUGUUCUUCCAUUAAUGCUGCUCCUCCAAUGAGCCAUUUGCCACAGGACAUACUUCACAAGGUUGUAUGUUUUCAAAACUGCAAUUUCUUUGAAGUGAAAACACCAAUGACAAGAAAUUGAGCUUUUAAGUUAUUAAAAAUAUUUUGUAAUCAUUUUUGCUUAUCUAUUCAGUACAUACACUGAGUGCACAAAACAUUAAGAACACCUGCUCUUUCCAUGACAUAGACUGACCAGGUGAAUCCAGGUGAAAGAUUUGAUCCCUUAUUGAUGUCACCUGUUAAAUCCACUUAAAUCAGUAUAGAUGAAGGGGAGGAGACAGGUUAAAGAAGGAUUUUUAAGCCUUGAGACAAUUGAGACGUGGAUUGUUUAUGUGUGCCAUUCAGAGGGUGAAUGGGCAAGACAAAAUAUUUAAGUGCCUUUGAACGGGUAUGGUAGUAGGUAACAGGCCCCAGGCUCACCGGUUUGUGUCAAGAACUACAACACUGCUGGUUUUUCAUGCUCAACAGUUUUCUAUGUGUAUCAAGAAUGGGCCACCACCCAAAGGACAUCCAGCCAACUUGACACAACUGUGGGAAGCAUUGGAGUCAAAAUGGGCCAGCGUCCCUUUGGAACGCUUCCGACACCUUGUAGAAUCCAUGCCCCGAUGAAUUGCUACCCCCAGUAUUUUUGUACAAUUUAUGAAAACAAAUGUUUUGCAGUAAUAUGAUUCCCUAUUAAAUAACAGUUUAUUAAAACGAAAAACCUAUAAUUUGUUAUUAUGGGUUCACAGCAAAACUGUUAAAUUGUUAUUCUCUGAAUUCUUACUAUUAUUGUCCCCCAGGUUGAAACCGGGAACGGGACUGUGGAUCUGUCUCCGUCCAUUAGCACGUUAGUGCGUUCGUUCAUUAGUUAGCCACACCCAAUAUCUCAGACAGCACUGGCCCGAUAUUAACCAAACUUGGGUGUAUGAUGCGUCUUACCAUAGAGAUCCGGCAUAUACAAAAUUACACUGAUUGGCCCAAGUUAAUUAACACUGAUUAGCCUAUAGGUGGCACUGUUAUAAGCAGUCUCACUUAAACCCUCAUAGCCAUCGCCCGGUUUGACCUAGAGAAUUGAAACUUUGUAUGCAAGUGGUCUUUCCUCAUGCUGAACAAAUUUGCCAGAUGGACCCAUAACGUCUGUCAGCAUAGACUUUCCUCCAUCUUGGAAAUGUUGCUAAACAUUUGAAAAACGUAUUCUCAUGAACCAUGAGUCCAAAUGACACCAAUUCGGUAUGUAGGCCAAUGGUAUAUCUCUUAACUUAGUUUGAGAAAAGCUAAGGGAUUGUUAAGAGAUGGCUGAGUUAUUGAUACAUCAGGAAAUCUGAUUUUAGGUGUCUAUUUAAAUCUGUUGUGAAUCCACUCCACCAUGGCUUAUCAACCUGAAACUUUUUACAGUCAUCAAAGACAUGACCAUACAUUUGGCAUUGAUAUCUUAAAAAACAAGGAAACGAUUAACAAUGAACUUUUUUGACUAUGUAAUGCUAAUGCUUAAAAUAAUCAUAACAAAUCAUCUCAUGGACUAAAAGUCAGAUUCACUCCAAAUUUUGAAGAUUAUGUUGAUGCUUUCAAAGAUGGCCACCAGUAGAUGCAUAUUAGCACAUCAGAGAUUCUUUUUUUUCUUCUUUUUAUCUGAGUUGAUGGGGCUUUGAUUUAUGUUUGUAUGUUUUUCCCACAUAUGCUAGUAUGCUCAAAUAUGCUAGAAAUACAUCAAAAGUCUUAUUCUCCUGAACAAUAGGACCAAAAUGACAUAAUGUGGAAUGUAGGCCCAUGAUAUAUGUCUUAACAUAGUUUUUAGAAAAGCUCAGGUAUUGGUCAAAAGAUGGCUGAGUUAUUAACAAAUAAAAAAUAUGAUUUUAAGUCUCAAUUCAAACCACUGUAAAUCCACUCCACAGUGGCCGGUCAACGUGAAAAUUGUAAUUGCGUUCAUGGACGUCCCUAAGAAGAACCACACUUAAGUUGGUAUUGAUAUCUUAAAAAACAAGGAAACUAUUAACAACUCAUUCUUUGCAUGUUUAACACCAAUGCUAAAAAUCAUCUGCAAUCAUCUUCUCCUCAUAAACCAUAAGUCCGAUUCACUCCAGAUGUUGUAUUUAGAAUCAUGAAAUCCAUCUUUAAUGGUUUUGAGCAAGAAUAGUUGCUGCAUUCAAAUAUGGCCACACUGUACCUAUAGAUGCAAGUUAGCACAUAUGCUAAUGAUAAAGAUACUUCAAAAAUCUUCUUCUCAUGAACCAUUAAUCAGAUUGACUCCAGAUUUGGUAUAUAGACUCAAUGAAUUAGCUUCGAAUGAAUUUGAGAAUGAUUAGUUGCUUCAUUUAAAGUCAGCCACGCUACACCACAAGAAGGCACCAUAUCACAACAGGGCAUAAGAACAUGAACCGAUGGACAUGGAGCCAUGAAAUCUGGUAUGUAAACCUUAUAUAUGUGUCCUUAGAAGAUGUGUGGAUAUAAAGUCACUGAAAACUUAGAUGGCUGCACCAGACCAGUUGAUGGCACUAUAAAUGUCAUUGGCACCAGUGUCACCAUAGGAUACUAGAGCAAUAACUAUUGAUCAAGUGGACUUUGUCUCAUGCAAAUUAAUGUUAGAUUUAAAUUAUGCAGACGAACAAAGUUAAAUAUCGUGCUUAGUAAAGCUGUAUAAUCACAUAUUGUUGCCCUUAUGUUGUCUGAAUGUAGUGAAAAGUGGAUAUUUUAUUCUGGAAAAUUUGAAACCGUAAGUCCUGCUGCUUGGGCAGUCAGUGUAUUACAGCUGUGAGAGUGUAUUGAAGUAUUUUUGGAACACUGGAGUGCACUAACUGAGAUUUAAAUCAUUUCCACAAACAGAUUUCCACAAAAUAAAGGCCCAGAUUCAAAGAUGACUGCAAUAUACCAAUACACUAACACUGAAAAUAUUUCACAAAUCUUAAAAUAAACCAUUAGUCGAAUUGACCCCAUAAUUGGUAUAUAAACUCAAUAUAUUAAUUAAUGACUUUAAGAAUGAUUACCUGUUGCAUUAAAAUAAAACCAACUUACAGCACUAGACUAAACUUCAGUUGCAUCAUACUUGAGGUAUUGAGAGAUAAACAUAGUAAUGCUUUCAUUGAUUGCACAUCAAGGAAGAUACACUACAUGACCAGAAGUAUGUGGACACCUGCUUGUCGAACAUCUCAUUCCAAAAUCAUGGGCAUUAAUAUGGAGUUGGUCCCCCCUUUGCUGCUAUAACAGCCUCCACUCUUCUGGGAAGGCUUUCCACUAGACGUUGGAACAUUGCUGUGGGGACGUGCUUCCAUUCAGCCACAAGAGCAUUAAACAGGAAAGGGCCUUCCCCAAAACUGUUGCCACAAAGUUGGAAACAAAGAAUCGUCUAGAAUAUUAUUGUAUGCUGUAGCGUUAAGAUUUCCCUUCACUGGAACUAAGGGGCCUAGCCCGAACCAUGAAAAACAACACCAGACCAUUAUUCCUCCUCCACCAAACUUUACAGUUGGCACUAUGCAUAGGGGCAGGUAGCAUUCUCCUGGCAUCUGCCAAACCCAGAAUUGUCUUUCAGACUACCAGAUGGUGAAGCAUGAUUCAUCACUACAGAGAACGCUUUUCCACUUCUUAGGCUUGUGUGGGGCUGCUCAGCCAUGGAAACCUAUUUCAUGAAGCUCCCGACAAACAGUUAUUGUGCUGACAUUGCUUCCAGAGGCAGUUUGGAACUUGGUAGUGAGUGUUGCAACCGAGGACAGACGAUUUUUACACACUACAUGCUUCAGCACUUGGCGGUCCAGUUCUGUGCGCUUGUGUGGCCUACGACUUCUCGGCUGAGCCAUUGUUGCUCCUAGACUUUUCCACUACACCAUAACAGCAUUUACAGUCGACCGGGGCAGCUCUAGCAGGGCAGCAAUUUGACGAACUUACUUCUUGGAAAGGUGGCGUCCUAUGUUGCCACGUUAAAAGUCGCUGAGCUCUUCAGUAAGGCCAUUCUACUGCCAUACACUCUAUACACCUGUCAGCAACGGGUGUCGCUGAAAUAUCCGAAUUCACUCAUUUGAAGGGGUGUCCACAUACUUUUGUAUAUAUAGUGUAGUUCCUUCAUGAUAGAACACUUGCUUUGUUAUCUAACUGAUCUUCUGUUCUUUCUGUCAUCCUGUGAACCCGUUCAUUGCUUCUCGCAGCUAUAUUUUUUUGUAAUUUGAAAGUGUUUUACAUGGUGCCAAAGUCCAGGGACAGCAUUUCCACCACAAUUAAAUAAUUACCCACAUGACCCAAAUUACACAGUAAACGAGAAUCCCCUGCCUCCAAACAAAUUCUGAAUAAUCUGGUCCAGGACAUAUUUUUUUUUUUUUACCUCGAAGUGAAAAAUCUAAAGAUAUGGGCCAGGCAUGUAAUACAGGCUACAAAGUAUAAAUAACCCUAAUAUCCUUUCGUGUUUCCUUUUAUUUUAUUGUAUUCUAUUCACGCUUAUUUACAUUUUGAUUAUUAACAGAUUCAAUAAAUGAAUGUCCUAUCAAUUUAAAAAAUGAACACGCACGCAUCUAUAUCACGGCACGAAUGACAUUCGAGAAGUGUCCUAAUACAAAUGCGCUUCAUUUAGAGUCACUAAUGGGUGGAGAGUCUUGUUGUAGGAGAUUACACAGAUGCGUGUUUGUUGCAGAUAACACGUCAGAGGGUGUGAAAGCAUGGUCCCGAUUUCUAUGAUUGUAACUAAAAGUAUAUUUCAAAAGCUUAAUUAGGCCUAAUGAAAUCUUAAACUAUGGCAUCAAAUUGAUCUGAAAUUACAGCCCAUCAACUAUGGCACAAGUGCACCCUCAGGAGGCAGUGUUGGAAUGAAACUAAUGCAAUGCCAAUGCCAUACAUUUUAGAUUGGAGAUUCGUAUUAUUAAAGUAGUUAAAAGUUUAGUAUUUGGUCCCAUAUUCCUAGCACGUAACGUGACUACAAACUUGUUCGAUACAUUUGCAGUUUGUUUUGGUUGUGUUUUGGAUUAUGUUUUGCCCAAUUGGACCUGAAUGGUGAAUAAUGUAUUGUGUCAUUUUGAAGUGCCUUUUAUUGUAAGUAAAAAUAGAUGUUUCUGAAUAAUUCUACAUUCAUGUGGAUGCUACCAAUAUUAUGGAUAAUCAUGAAUUAAUCAUGAAUAAUGAUGAGUGAGAGGGUUAAAGGGGCAAAAAUAUCAUACCCGCUAAAAAUACAAUUACUCCAGUCAUCUUUCACCAUCAGUUUCUAUAGGGCAAAAACAUAAUCCAAAACACAACCAAAACAAACUGCAAAUGCAUCCAACGAGUGUGUAGUGUCACACGUUUGAUGUAAUCGUUGCGUGCAAGGAAUAUGGGACAAAAUACAAAAAGUUUGACUGUGCACAUUAAGUGAAUUUGGGGGGGGGGGGGGGGGGGGGGGGGGGGGACGACGACGACGACGACGACGACUAUAUGCCUUCAUUUCGGUUAUUUUAAACAGAUAGUAUGAAAAUACCCUCAAAUGAAUGUGUUCUUUCUACUGUUGCCUCAUAUGAAACAUGAUAUCUUAAAUCCAAAAUGCUGGAAUGUAGAGCCACAUUACAAUGUCUAGCUUCACUGUCCAAAUACAUAUGUAGUGCAGUGUAUGUUACUAAAUAGGCUACUCCUUAUGGACACUUCAGAAUCUAUUUGUGGUCAACGGUUUUCUCGCUGUUUCACGGAAACCACAUAUAGUAAGUAGAACUACAGGAGGACCCAUUCAAAGAUCUUUAUGAUCUAAAACAUGACCUAUAUCCAACCAAUCACAUUAAACUUUUUCGUAUUGGGUUAUCUCCAACCAAUCAUAAUGCACUUUCUCGUCUUGGGGGCGGAGUGCACAAAUACCAUAAAAAGAAAGAUGUUUUACAAAUGUGUUCAUGAUUCCGAUUCUCACUAGAACCUUAGCUAAAUCAUCAAGAGCAAACAUGGUUGAGUGGACAGAUGAAGAGCGCGCAGCCAUCUCCGACAUCUUCUCCAAGCUAGACUAUGACGAAGUUGGCCAAAAGUGCCUGUCAAGGUAAGACAAUAAGCUUAGCUUUAAUUUAAUUUGGAGUGUUAGUCCCCUUAAUCUUCAUCAUCUUCAUCAUUUUAUGUUGAUGUUCAGCCUCACACUGUUCUCUCCGCUCCCCUCAGGUGUCUGAUCGUGUACCCCUGGACCCAGAGGUACUUCGGGGCCUUCGGCAACCUGUACAACGCAGAGGCCAUCAUGAAUAACCCUCUGAUCGCUAAGCACGGCACCACGGUGUUGCGCGGUCUGGAGAGAGCUCUGAAUAACAUGGACGACAUAAAGAACACCUACGCGGAGCUGAGCGUUCUGCACUCCGAGAAACUGCACGUGGAUCCCGACAACUUCAAGGUAAAAUACAAAAGAACAUUGAAGUGUACUUUUUUUUGUGCGUGCAAGGUAUACAAUACUUUGUAAUUACACCACUCGAUCAAGCUACCCCCAAAGACAUUCUAAACGUCUCACUUCUGUUUUGGUUUGUUCACUUUUACAGCUGCUGUCUGACUGUCUGACCAUCGUCAUCGCCGCUAAGAUGGGCACCACCUUCACCCCCGAGUAUCAGGCAUCCUUCCAGAAGUUCUUGUCUGUGGUGGUUUCUGCUCUGGGCAAGCAGUACCACUAGAGUCAGUCCUCCAUACCUGACAGAGGAGACGUGUUUCACUCCUCAAUGAAAAAAUAAAAGAAGUAUAGAAGCAUCUGUUUGUUGAUUAUGUUUGUUUAUUUUAUGCGUGCGUAAUUGCGUGCGUAUAUAUAUAUGCCUAGACGAAUUGCACUUUAAGCAUGGCUAAUAUAAUAAGACAACUUUAAAGGUUUCAAUGGUUAUUUCAUAUUUACACAUUAUAAAUAAUACAUUAGCCAACAUGAACAAGUUGGUGAAUGGAUGCACAUUGUCUAAAAGCCUACAGAGUUGACCCGGCUGAAUUGUAUACUGUUGCUGGCUGUAAAACACGUGACACACAUUCAUAUGACUAUUAACACAUAAAAGGUACAAAAACAAAACUAUGAAGUGACCACUGUAUUUAUUGACUAAUAAGAAAAAGUGGGUCAUAAAACGAACAUCAAAGCAUCAUGGAUGAAAUGCGCUAAUUCAUUUUUUUUAAAUAAAUAUCAUUAUUGUCGUUUGAGUCUUUAACAGUUAAUAUGCAUUUGUCAAAAGUAUUGACCUUAUAUUGACACGAGUUUACUGUAGCUGUUGUGCUAUUGAUAUCCAAAUGUAAAACAUAAUUCCAGAAAUGUUGAAUCCCCUGCUAAGAUUGUUUUCCGUUUUGUUUGAUGCAAUUGACCUCCACUUGUACAUUUAGAAAAAGCUAGUUUGUUUGGUGCAGGAAACUGCCCCAUAUUCAUAAUGUGUUGUUGUUGACAUAGUGGUCCCAUUUUUUGUAUUAUAAGGGGAUGAGAUUCAAGUUUCCAACACCAGAACCCUACAUGAGCUAUAUCAUUACAGUAGCCUAUAUGACAUGAACCACAGCAACCUAGUCCAUGCAUGCCCCUGCAGCAGCUGGCCUCUCCAGCUACGAUCCUACAUGGGGUUUCAGAAUAUAAAAAUGGCAACACCUAGUGUUAUCUUUAACCACAUAAAGUAGGCCCACACAUUAUCUGAGAAAAUCUAUGAGUAAAAGGCAUAUCUUUGCCUUUACAUUUAUUUAAUGAAAGCGUCCUAAUAGCAUGUAUAACCAUAGGUCUCUCCAGUGUGUCUAUACUCUUCCCUAUUAGAUGAUUCCUCAUCAUCCCCCAGGAUGCUGUAGGAGAAGUCAUAUAUUUGCUGCCACAUACAUUACAACUUCAUGAAGAAAGUGACAUACCAUUUCCUCGGUAUCGCGAUAUCAGGUUCUUCAUUCUAGAAAUCAUUGUAUUCGUUGAGAACUUAUCGAAUGUUGGUUGUCAUUCUGUCUUUCCCCCAUCUGCUAAUAUCAAGUCACAACUCCGCUGUUAGCAACUCAAUCAAUUAUGAAACGGUCACUUUCCUUUUUUCUUCAUUGUGCACUAUUUUUAUAAGUAGAAAUUGGUGCAAAGUAGGAUUUAUUUGAAUAAGAACAGCCCAGCUGUCAUAUUUAACUCAUUGUCAAAUAGCAAGCAAUAAGUCUUCAUCAUCAUUGUGUAAAAUAUAUAAUUGCAUUAUAUAUCCAUAACAGAUCAUACCUGUUUCAUAGUAAGAUAUUAGUCCCUCUUUUCAAUAUAAGGACGUUUUUAGAGAAUUGUUUCUAGGCUAUAUUUAUCUCUAAUAGAUAUGGCGGCCAUGCCUAGCAAUGGUUGCUCUUAGAAGUCUAUGCAAAUGCAUAUAGAUUUGCUGUGCUACCAUAUAUAGCCGAAAGAGAUAACACAAGACAACACCCUAAAAUUCACAGAACUGAUGCUCUAUCUCACUGAUAAUUUUACUCAAUUAUCUCCUCAUAGCCAAUAGAAAACAAGUAGAGGUGGGGUUUGGUGACAUGUCUUGAACCAUAAAAGAGGUGUCAGGGUCCGUCUAGAUUCAGACCCUUCUAAAGCUUAAUUUACCCUCUAAAUAGCUUGUGUGGUACAACAGAGCCUUUAGUCAAAAUGAGCCUGUCAGCUAAGGAAAAAGUAAUCGUCAAGGACUUCUUUGAGAAGGUCUCCACCAGGUCUGACGAGAUCGGCGCCGAGGCUCUCGCCAGGUAAAGAUCAAAGAGACUUUAUCAUCAGUUAGGCUGUACUGCAUAAUUGAGGAUGAAAUGCAUCACUUAUCAGAUACAGAAUGUUAUUGAUACUGAGUAAUUUAUAUGCUCGACAGAGCAAUUACCACUAACCAAUCAUUUCUCUCGUUCCUCCAUUCAGGCUGAUCGUGGUGUACCCCCAGACCAAGUCCUACUUCGCCCACUGGAAGGACCUGAGCCCCAAAGGCGCUCCGGUUAGGAAGCACGGCAUCACCGUCAUGGGUGGCGUGUACGAGGCCGUGAGCAAGAUCGAUGACCUAGCCGGUGGUCUCCUGACCCUGAGCGAGCUGCACGCCUUCAUGCUUAGAGUUGACCCCGUCAACUUCAAAGUAAUUAUCACCACAACUAUAGCCAAUGUUCCCAUAAUGCGCUAUAGGCGUAUGGGCAAUGUAGUAGUGGCCUAUGCCUAUACUAAGCGUUUGCAGAAGGCGCCAUUGCACUUUUUCAGGAUAAUCAAAGUACUGACUCUUAGCUCUGUUUGUCCCUCGUCAGAUCCUGUCCCACUGCAUCCUGGUGGUCUUGUCCAUGCUGUUCGCCGAGGAGUUCACCCCUCAGAUUCAUGUUGCCGUGGACAAGUUCUUGGCCCUCCUGGCCCUGGCUCUGUCCGAGAAGUACCGCUAA